AUGCCGCAGUUGAGGUCAGGGAAGGUGGUGAGAGCCAGCGAGGUGAUGCAGGUUGACCCAGAGGUCAGCAGCCCCGGCUCUUCGGGGGCAGGGUAUGAGCCAGGGGAAAAUGUGGUAGUCAAGCGGAGUCCUCGCCUGACACCAAAGAGGAAGCUUGAGCAGCCCUUACCUUCCUUUCCACAACCUGCCAGGCUCUCUGGUGCUUCCCUUAAGUGUUUUGCUCUUCCUGUGCCCGUGCAGAAGGAGGAAGGUGAGAACAGACAGAAAUUCCCAGGUAAAAAAAACAAGGGAAUCCAACAUAGGAAGUCUCCCAUGAGAAGCAAGGAUGUAGUUUCACCAGUUUCAGACGCAGGUGAGUGUGAAGAUUGGCAAGCAGCAGCCACGGCUGCAGCAGUGUGCUGGGAAAAGACCCUAAGAGGGACAGGUCAAAGUCAACAGCUGUUUUUCUCAGGAACUACUUUGCAGAAUAAGUUCUCAGCAGGGAUUGGAAGGAAUGAACAUUGCUCAGAAGACCUGAACUUCUCAGGUUUCCACAAGGGUUCAAGGAGCUUAGGAAAAGAAGGCAAACAUUCCUGUAUGGAAAUAAAAUUACAAGUCCCAUCCUUGAAGGAUGAAAUUAAGAGCACAGAGAGACAUGGAAUAUCCUGUUUUCCAGAACCAGAAGGUCUUCAACCCGAAAAGGUCACAUGGAGUACUGAAGUGAAAUGCACUGAUUCCAUAAUGAUGCAGAAUAUGCAAAUCCCAGAUGUUAGGAAGAAUUUGGGUGCUCAGGAAGCCAUGCCUGAACCAAAACCUCAGGAAGAGGCUGAUAUACCAGAAAAGUUGAAUGGGUGUCCAUUAAUUGGAUCAAGAACACUAGGGACACAGGAAAGAGAAAGGAGGUGCUUUGGCAGGAAAGGCAGGGGAUCAGUGGUGAAACCAAAAGCAUAUGGUCCCAGAGAGAGGGGUAGUUGUGUCUUGCUAGAACAGCAUACACAGUGUCCAGAGUCCAGGAAAGGAGCUCUGAGUAUGAGGAACAGAAAUGCAUUGCUGUCACAGCAGCUGCAGGAUCUGAGUGGACAAGAGCAGCCAACAACCAGAAGGAAGACACAGAAGCGUUGCAUGAAGGAAGAGCAGCAGCGCUUGAGCCCCCUGGACAGCCCAGGGGAAAGUGAGGAACAAUUGAAAGCAAUUGAGCAAGACUCUAGUACUUCACAGGGUGUGAAGAAGGUUAAGAUGAAGCAAAACAGGGCAGAAGAUUCCAAGGAAAAGGAAUCUCUCUAUUCUAGUUCUCCAUUUUCUGCGUCAGGUGACACUGAAAGCAAGAGCUUUCUAUGCCGUGCUGUAACAAAAGAGCCUGUUGUGCAGUGUAGGAAAAGGCAACACAGAUGUGGUCAAAUCAAGCACUUGCAAAGUUUAAAUGUGACUGCAGCUGAAAAAGUGAUGAACAUGCCUGCAAAAUGUGAACAUCGCAGUGAUGUCCUACACCAGUGUGGUGGCUUGCUCUGUGCAACCCAGAAGAAUCCAUUUGUGGUGUUAGAGGACUGUAGUUACAUCAAUACAUUAGUGAAGCCUUCAGCUAGUGGAACUAUCAACAGUUAUAAAUUAAAUGGAUUCUUCCAUGUAGCCCAUGGUACUGGAGACCUGAAUGAUAGAAUUUGCAGCACUAGUAGAAUGCAAAAUGAGAGAUCACUCAUAAAAGGUGGUUUGUCAUCUAAUAUAGAAAAGAAUGAAAAUGAAGAAGGUUAUGUUUCAUGCUGCCUUAGUGAAAGCAGUGAGUGUUUAAGGGGAAAAAAGUGGAAUAUUGGCAGAAAGCCUAGAAAAAAUACGAAAAUCGCAGAGAAAUCUGCAGACGUGGCUAGUAAAUGCAAGAAGUGUGAGUUACAAACAGAAGCAGCAGUUGCCAUGUCAAGCUCAUUUGCAGUUCCACGACUAAACCGUACUCUCUCAGCUUCAUGUGAUCGUACAUCAGAUUUUGAUACAGAAAAAUAUACUCGUGAAGUACAAACUGUAUCAGCCUGGAGAAAGAACAGUACCAAAUUACUUGCAUUUGAAACUGGCUUUAAGAAGACAUCUGAGCUCUCUGUAAUAGUAAAAGAAGAAAAUUCAAGCAGUGUGGCACGUUAUGCAGCUGCGUCAGAUAGUCUGGGAGUGUUAGCUCAGAUCCAUGAUGUUUCUGAUCAUCACAAAAGCAAGACAGGAGGAAAUUUGAACAAAGUUAGUAAGAAAUUGCAGCAGUUUACCUGUCAAAGAGCAAUACCCAUGACUGGUAAAAAAGUUUGGCCUGUUGAAUCUUGUGCCAGGACUUCUGAAUGGUUUCUUAAAAAUCGUAAGUCCGUCUCAAAAGGAGAAAGACUUUUAAAGGCUGCUUUUGAGGAUUCCUCUGAUAAAAGCAGUGUUAAAGCUGUAGGACAUAGUGCAGUGACUGAGAAUGUGAGACAGCUGGAUUUGUAUACAUCAGUGGCAGAAAUUACAAAAGAAAUUACACAUAAAAAGAUUGAUUCAAAUAUUGACUGUCAGGCUUCCCUUGAAACAAUGGAAUCCUCUUCUGUGGAUGUUUAUGAGACUUUGACAAUGAACAAUGAAAAUAGGGAAUCUCCAGUUAAUACAGCUAGAAGUGCCUUGGCUUUUAACAAUGAUGAUGUGCAAGAAGUUAAAGCAACCUUGAAUUUUACAGUGAAACAAAAAGAUGAAAAUGAAGGACAUGAAAGACAUGAAGGACAUGAAAGAAACCUGUCUGUGACAGUCCAGAAUGUUACAAUAAAACAAAAGGAUUACAGUGGAAGAGAUGGGACAAAUAGAAACCUGUCUGUAACAGUACAGAACGACAUAAUCAAACAAAAGAAUAAAAAUGAAGGAGAGGUAACAAACAGAAACCUGUCUGUGACAGUCCAGAAUGGUACUUCUACAGGUAACACCAACAGUAUAAACUUCAGCCCUAAAGUAUUAGUAGUGAAUCAGACAUUUUCUGAUUUAGACCUAAUUAAACCAUUAACCUCUGGAAACCUGACAAUAUCUGUCCAUUCAUUCGAAACCAAAACUUGCAGUCCACUGGAGCUUCUUGAAAGCACUAGUCCAGGAAGGCAGAGGACAGGUGAAGAUACUUUCGUGGUAAAAUCUGAGCAGUGUCCUCUUCCUGUCAUGAGUGAUGCUACAUCUCCAACUUCCAUACAGAAAAAAGCAGAUGAGAUCGACAGUAAGGACUUCCAGCAGAAUGGCUCUGUAAACCUCUCCGACGAGAUGUCUGUGCUCCCUGAAAGUUUUUCUGCAUAUCCACAUCCACUUCUUGAUGAACAGCCAAAGCCAUCUCUGCCUGAUUUCUGUGGUACUGAACGUGUGCUGAAAUCUAGUUUUCCUGAGCAUUCUUGGAAUGCAGUCGACCACCUUGUUGGAUUAGAAAUAAAUGGUGAUAGAAAAUCAAGAGGGAUUUUUUCACAACAAAAAAGUCAAAAUGUACCAGAUAUCCUUGAAGCUUACAACCAAGAUGUUCUUGUCAUUGAUGUGAUUCAAGAUGAUCCUGACCUUUUUGGAACUGGUAAUGAAGAGGAGCUUGUACCUGCACACUGUGAGGAUUGUCCAGUGAAAGCAUCCUCUGCAAAUUGCAUUAAAGACACAAAGGAGUGUAUUAAGCCUGAGUCUCCUGUUACCUCAGAAAAGACAUAUUCAGUAGAGAGUAGUUUUAGAUGUAUGCAAGACUCUGGAAUGUCAAGCGACACUGAAAAUUCUUGUAAUUUGGUGUUAAAAGCUGAAGAUGUGAAAACCCACAACUCCUCCAGAGGAAGCAGUCCUUCAGGAGAUGUUAGUGAGGACUUUCUUAAAGAUACACAACAGAGCAAACUAGAUGAACUUUUGACGAGUUUGGACGUGGAUGAAAAGCUUGCAGAUGGAAUGCCUGAUGUUGAAGAAGAGAAUAAGAAUGAAGCUGAAAAAAGUGACUGUAAAUACAAAGUGAACAGUGAAUUGCUAUCAGGAUCGCCACUGAAUGACCGAAAAGUAAAUAUCUCCAGUGAAGCUACAGAGAUGAAAUCCUGGACAAAUGGUUACAAAUCUUCAGGAAGAAGUACUUCACUGCAAUUGAAGAAUUGUCGAGAUUUUGAGCCAUGGAAGAUGGACAAAAAUGCAAUUGCUUCUCAUUCAGUCCAGCAGAUCCUUGAUGCACUUAAGCUGCCCCGUAAAUACUGCAGAUAUUAUUUCAUGACUUCACGUGGGUGUGAAAGAACAAAAUGUUGGUUCUCUCAUGUUCCAGGACAAGGAGAUGAAAAGAUUUGCAUGGCAAUUCUUAGGACAUAUAUUAGUAUCAAAGAAUCAGGCCUCCUGAAACGUGCAGCCCAAAUAUUUAUGCAGUAUUACAAAGAAGUUACUCCUGGUGUGGAUUUUGCUUCUGAAGUGCUGAAUGAUCUUCUUGUUUCAUUACUCAAAAACAGUUUGUUGCAGGAAGUAUUUCAGAUAUUGAAUGUAAUUGUACAAAUCAAGACACUGCCAGCUGUAGAUGUUCUUCUGAAAGUUUUUGAGCAUGUGGCUUCUUUGAAUAUAAGAAAUGCAGUGCCUACAUUAAUCAAUAUCUUCUGUAAGCUCAUUGAUGCUGGUAUGUUCCUUGAGUUAGAACAUUUUGACUACAUUAUUAAGUUACUUCACCAAUUGCAAAUUUCCAGUUGGGAAAUGACUGCUGUUUCGAACAUAAAAUCCAGAUUUAAGGAAAAAUAUUUUGAAAAGGCAUGGAUUUUUGACUUCAACUUGGCCGUGGCUGAAAUUCAGCAUUGCAAGGAAAAAAGGGAUUGGAUCAAGCUGGGAGCUUUGUAUCUUAAUGCAAGAACUGGAUGUGAACAUUUUGAUGAUCUUCAGAAAUUGUUUUUAUCUAUUGCUGAAGUUCUAGCCAAAGAUUCUGAGACAGACGGACCAGGAGUCCCUUUUUGUGAUUUUGCUGAUGCAGUAAUGAAAAAUUCACACCAUAAUAAAGCAGACAGAAUUUUCAUUGGAAGGACUGGGAUAAGUGUAAUGUAUUCGUAUCACAAAGUACUGCAGUGGGGAAAGGGAAGCAAGGUUUUGGAUAAACUGCAUGAGCUACAGAUACAUUUUAUACACUUGAAAGGGCUUGUAGGUGCAGGGAGGUCAGCAUCCAGAUGUCAGAUUGUUAAUAAAGCUGCAGAAAUCUUUCUUCAUUCUGGAAAUUUGGAUGGAGCAACAAGGGUAUUGAGAGAGUCAGAGUGGAUCACAGAUACACCAUUGUGGCCCUGUGAUAAAAUGGACAUCCUCAAUCGACAUAAUCUGUUAUGUGCAAUAGUGCAUAAAUACUUGAGGAAGAAUUUGUACAGGCAGGCAUUUGAAGUUGUGCAGAACUUACCAGGUUUGCAGAAACAUUCUGAUACUGUAGAUGCUUCUCAAUACAGCUGCCUUUUUAACAAGCUGAUAAAUGCAUGUUUUGAGAACAAGAACCUUGGGGUGUCAUCUUCUGCAGUAGACUUCAUGCUUUCCAAAAAAAUUGCUAUUGAUUUUGUUUUACUUAGAGGAUUAAUCACAGCUUUGGGAAGAAGUUCUUUAUGGUCCAAAGCUAGGACCUAUUACAAAAAUGCUUUAUCGCUGGGUUGCUACCCAGAGCUGCAGGGAAAUUUGUGUCACAGACUUCUGAACAUUCCAUCUUACUUGUCUGAAGUUGAGAUGCUGUUGACCAUUGAAAUAUUUCUUGUUUCAAAUGCCAGUGAUAUUCAAAGUCCAAGGACUACUAGUCUGAGACUUCAAAUAAUACUGAAAAGAUCUGAAGAUACAGUUCAGAAUAACAGUGCCUAUCACGGGGCAGUGGAGAGGCUGAUCCAAGCGGCUCGUUUAUCUGAUCCAAAGCUCUUUCUUAAGCAUAUGACAAUGAAUGUUAACAUGGAAGAAGUUUACAGCCUGGAGCAUUCCUCUGCUCUGAAGUGGCUUCAGGAGAAUAUGAAAUGGGCUGAGAAGGUGUGGCUGUUUCCGUAGUUACUAAACAGUUUCCACUGUGUUCGAAAUGUGCCUUUCUGAUUUACAGCAAGGUUUCGAACUCAAGUUGUGGUUUUAAAUACUAUAUUGAUGAUAAUGCAGAUAGUAGCACAGAAAGAGUAAUUUUUUUCCUAACUGUAUAAACUGUGACACUGGCUUGCAUAGAUAUUUUGCAAUGGCAUCCCCAGAUAAUGAGAAGCUGCAGUCUCAUUCUCUGUUCUUACAAAUUGGCAUGUAUCUUAUUCUUACAAAGAAUUGGCAUGUAGGUAAUGAUAUAAGUGUAGUAUAAGCAUAGAUAAAAGUGUAGGUAAGUGCAUUGGUUGAGUGCAUCUACUGUUCUUGAGUGAGACAUUUUCCACAUUCAUUCAUGGUCUGUAGAAGUAAUAACUGUUUUCUUUGUCUGCCUCACAGUAACUUGUGAGGUCACUGUCCCAGCUGUUUGCACCUUAGAUCUUAAUUUCUUUGCUCCAAAAGCCCAAGAAAAAGCACUAUGAAUAAAAUAACUUCAAAAGCACUUGAGACAUGCCUGACUUAGGAUACCUUUCCUUACAGAACUGAGUCUACAGAUGUUGCUCACAGCUGAAGGUUUAGUUGAUAAUUUUAUUAUUUAUUUGAUAUAGACAAUAAUAGCUUGUGUAUGGUUUCACAUUUGUAUAUAUGAUUACUUUCACUGAAAAGGAAAACUUGCUUUCUCCCUUGAUUGUGCUCUUAGAGAGAGGUGGGUUUGCCCAUCUUCUAGAUUCUGCCAACUGCACGAUAAGAUGAAGACUUCUAGCAAGCUUCUUCCAUCAUUCCUGCUUCAGGAUUUCUGCUUUUUUUCCACCUGAAAAAUCAAUCAAUUCAAAGCAUGAGUUGGUUAAGUCACACUCUAUAGCCUGAGUAAGAAGAACCAAACAUUUAAUAAAAUGUUAAUUAAAACAUUUUUAAUAAACCAGAAAGCCUCUCAUGGCAAAACAAUACUGUCAAAGUAAUUUGCAUCUGCCAAAGUUGAUACUUACUGAGCUCACCACUUUUGUAGUGUUGUUAGUUUAAAUCUCCAGCACCGACCUUUAUGAACUUGCCAGUAAUACAGUUCUUUUGGUCCUGCUCUCCAUUGCUUUUAAAGCCUUUGUUUUGAACACUUAAGCUCUUUCGGGUAUAGAAGUUUAUGGGUUUUUUAGGCUGUUCCAUCAUAAGUGAGAUUAAGAUGGUGGCACAGAACCUUAGUGUUUGAAAAAUGUCUCUGCUUUGGGAUAGCAUGUGUCUCUUCCCAGUUCCUGCAGCAUUAUUGCAGGUGUCCUUUGCAGCUGUAAGCCUUGAAAGCCGUCAUGACCUUAGUACUGGAUGGUUGUGUGGACGGUUUUGGUGUUAGGGGCUUUUCUCUUCGGGGGAGAUUGCCACUCCAGUCUUGUGGUUUAUGCCAUUAAUCUGAUGUCAUGAAUCUGAUCAUCAGUUGUUGGAUUCCUGACCUCCUCAGGGCCAGGUCCUGGUCACUACCACUUCUCAUCCAGUCCGUGAGGGAGUUGCUGCUGGUAGAGAGAGGGUUGAAUCUGAUGACCACCAGGAUCACCACUUUGCUCCUGUGCCACCUGUACAGAAAAAUGCUAGGAUAGAGAGAGGGUCUUGUCUUUUCACUGGGUAUCAUUCUUCUGUAGGGAUCAUCUGCCUGCCUUGUAAAAAUUGGUAGAUCCAGUACAAAUGGUGCCAGAUGACAUUUGAGUUGGAGACGUUCACCUCAGUCUUAGAGUACAGUUAGCACUGUCCAAACAAACUUUGGGUGCCAUCCCUUCACAUUCACGAAGAUGGUUCUGUCAUUUAUAAGGGUAUCCUCAUCAAAUCCAACUGGAUUCUGCUGCUUUUGCUUCCCAGUAGCUGAAAGGCUGGGUAAGUAAUCAGGUUUCAGGUAAGGGAUGGAAACUGGUGCUCCUGGAGCCACUCCAGCAUUAGUGAAAGCGAUUUUGGAAGGUUCCAACAAACUAAAACUGGUAGUAAGGGAUGAAGUAAUUUUUGGUAAUUACUUCUUACAAGAUCUUUUGCGGCUUAACCUCCCUUGGAAUUAGACAAAGGCUAUGUGACCCUCAGCUAAAUCCCACAUUUCUGUAAGUGGUACCCGAUGUGGCUAAUACUGUGUUUGACAGGCACAAAAGGACAUAAUUCUCUUUGUAAUCUGUAUGGCUUCAAAACUUGGGAUGUUCUAGAGACAGCAGAAUUUUUUCCUCUUUAAGCAACCUUGAAUUUUCACUUAGAUCAUCCCCAGAACAAAACUCCAAAUGUUGCUUUAUUUUUCAGACAGAGAUUAAUCAAUUGACCUUCAAACUUAACUUGGAACUGUGUAAAAUUUUUGCAGUGUUUUGGCUCCAUCUCCUGAGUGUCAUCUUCAGCUGAUAGGAUGUAAUCUCAGUCAUGUUUCAUAUUAACAAGCAAAGCGAGCUCCCCACAUCAUUGCUCAGAAGUUUUGUUACAACUGAGGCUUCUGGUGUUUGUGUCAGUAUAGUGUUUCUCCCUGUAUCACCGUGAUAAACCAGUAGGCAACUGAAACAACUUUGUUGUUAAGUCCGGUAUUUCAUGGUUUUGUUCUGUCUGGGUCCCCGUGAAAUACAAUGCAAAUCUCAUCGUUUUGAUGUGUAUCACAAGGCCAGAAAGGUUUCUUGAGUAACAUUCUUGGUAUUUUGGUAACAGAAAUUCCAUGUGCCAAACAGGACAAAACUCGACUGUCGAAUGGAAACAAGCCUGGAAAGAUGGAAAAAAUAUCCUGAAGAAUAAAAUUAAGUACAACAGAGACAAUGCAGUUUUGCAGAGCUGGCCACUCAGUAGACCAUAUUUUUGCUUUCUCCCAGUAUAAGUUAAGCUGAAAGAACUUCUAUGUUUGACAUUAAACAACUUACUUGGUAUCAUUUUUCAUCUAGGAAAUAAGAUAUAUAUUUACGUGUUCGCAGAGAGAGACGGAAAAGCGUGCAAAUAAAAACUUCCCUGUGCUGUGCUCAGUAGCGUGGAGUAGACAGUGCUGUGCUCCUUCAGUAUGUUGUUAGAUGCGUGGGAAAUUCCCUCUGUGAAAAUCUUUCCUCAGUUUUCACUGAUUACAGUGUCUUGGAAAGAUUAUUUUUGUUGAGUGUGGACAGUUUCUUGUAACAGUAACAGGAUAAGGUGGUUUGGAAGACUUACCACAAUUUCAUUUCAAAAUAUUGAUAAUUUUGAGGGUUUCAAAAUGUGGGACAGAGGUGAGAGCAAUGAGGGAGGGAGGGAGAGCCUUUUGGAGGAGUUAAGUUGUUAAUAAAUGUU